UCUGAAGACACAUGCACAGUGGACUAUAUGAUGUGCAACCUUACUAGCAUGGAAUGAGACUUGUGAUUACAAUAAAAUAGCCGGGCUUAAGUGCAAAUGGCUUGUUUUUUCAGAAGGAAUAUUGCCUCGAAGCUCUCUAAGGUUUUGGGGCAAUCUGAGGAGAGCUUCAUUUCGUCUAUCUCCGCUAUCCCAGUCUCGAAGAAACAGCAGUCUCCAGACUUCAGACUUUCAGUGAGCUCUCUGCUGCAGAAUGGCUCCGUUUCAUCUACUGGUGAUAUCCAGGCUGAGACAGAGGCGCUGGCGCAACGGCUCAAGCCUGACAAUGUUGUCGAAGAAAUUGUGGUCGGACGUGGAGCGAUAAACUUUAAAAUCAACAGAACUGUCCUGGCUGAGACAAUUUUAUCAAAACUGCUUAAUGAAUGUCACUUGUUUGGAGUGAGAAGUGAACUUUUCAGCAAUCUCAAGAAAGGAAAAACGUUGGUGGAGUUCAGCUCGCCAAAUAUCGCCAAAAAGUUCCAUGCUGGGCACCUGCGCUCAACUAUCAUUGGUAACUUCAUUGCCAACCUGAAAGAAGCCCUGGGAAAUGAUGUCACAAGGAUUAAUUACCUGGGAGACUGGGGAAUGCAGUUCGGGUUGCUGGGAGCCGGCUUUCAGCGCUUUGGUUCCCAGGAAGAACUAAAACUGAACCCUCUACAGCACCUGUUUGAUGUGUAUGUCCAGGUAAACAGAGAGGCGGAAAGAGACGAGGGCAUCUGGCGGGCGGCCAGAGAGUUCUUCCGACACCUGGAGCAGGGAGAGGGCGGGGCUCUGUCGCUAUGGAAAUGCUUCAGAGAGAUCACCGUGGAAGAGUACCAGCGGGUCUAUAAGCGUUUAGGGGUCCACUUUGACGAGUACUCGGGGGAAUCGUUCUAUCAGAGGCAAGCCCAGGAGGUGCUGCAGCGGCUCCAGGACCAAGGCCUGCUGAAAACCUCAGAGAAGGGGACGGGUGUAGUGGAUCUCUCCCCAGCCAAUGACAUGUCGAGCUACUCCACGGUGAUGCGCAGCGAUGGGACUUCUCUCUACAUCACAAGAGAUCUUGCAGCAGCCAUUGACCGAAAGGAGAAAUAUGAUUUUGAUGAAAUGAUUUACGUGACAGAUAAAAGUCAGAGUGGCCAUUUCCAGCAGAUGUUCCAGAUCCUUCUGGCCAUGGGACACAGCUGGGCACAGAGCUGUCAGCACGUGCCCUUCGGCCUGGUGCAGGGCAUGAAGACGAGGCGUGGGGAGGUGGUGUUCCUGGAGGACGUGCUGGAGGAGGCCAGGGCGAGGAUGCUCAGGAACAUGGGAGAGUCCAGGACUACGAAAGACCUGGAGGACCCUGAAGACACGGCCCAGAAAGUAGGAGCCAGUGCGCUCAUAGUCCAGGACUUCAAAGGCCCACUCAUGUCUGACUACAAGUUCAGCUGGGACCAGGUGCUGCAGGCCCAGGGAGACACGGGCGUGUUCCUACAGUACACUCACGCACGGCUCUGCAGCUUGAUGCGGAUGCACCCCCACAGUGAGCAGGUACCCCUCGAGCCGUCCCUUCUCCAGGAGCCGAGUGCUGUCUCCAUCCUGCAGCACCUUCUACGGUACGAUGAGGUGCUGUACCGGUGUUCUCAGGAUCUGCAGCCCAAACACCUGGUUAGCUUCCUCAUGACCCUCAGUCACCUGGUUGCCACAGCACACAGGACCCUGCCAGUAAAGGGCAGCCCUCCCGAACAGGCUCAGGCCAGGUUGCAGUUGUUUAAGGGAACGCAAACGGUGCUAGCCAACGGGAUGAGGAUCCUGGGCAUUUUACCUGUCGAGAAGAUGUGACCUGUCACUGCGUUUGAUGGUUACUGCUGCCAUAGCCUCACUGCAAGACACCAGACACAAUA